AUGGCUGCUCUCUGUGGAUGCGGCGAGACACGCCGGAACUUCCGCUUCCGGCAUAAACAAACCCGCGUUGAAAUAAAUGGCGCUGUUGGACGCGGCACCUGCAGACAACGCCUGGCGAAGAUGUCUGACUCGGACAGCGAGGAAGCGGCGGAGGCGGAGGCGGUGGCCGAGCCCUUCUCCCUGGCCGCAUUCCACUCCGGCAACAGUGACGAGCAUGGCCAGCUCGAGGGGGAAGAGCUCUUCGACGAGAAAACAAAAAAAUGUUUGGCUGAUCUAGCAACAUUGGUUCCAGGGAGCUACAUAACCGAGGCCACAGCUAGUGAAUAUGAUGCUUCUGUGGUAGAUGGAGCCCAGUUGGAUGAGGAAGGCUGGGUUAAGAGUAAUGACAAUGCUGUUGAUUGUUCUGACAUUACCGAGCUGACUGAAGACGAUGUCCACAGUGGGCAGGCGGUAUGCAGCCUUCAGCUAGUAGAGAGGGCAGGGAAUGAAGACAGCGACAAUGUCAUCCUGCUGCCCACCAUUGCCUCUUCCUACCCCACGUUGAAUAAGAGUGAUUUCAGCAACUCCUCUCAUUCUGAAUCUGAGCAGGAGUCCAGGGAAGACAAGCCUACAUUUCCACAAGAUGCCACCAAGCAGCUGCCCAGCGCCACAGACCUGUUUCCUGAAUUCCGGCCAGGCAAGAGACUGCGAUUUCUGCGCCUCUUUGGCCCUGGCAAAAAUGCCCAAUCCGUCUGGAGCACGGCCCGCGGGAAGCUCAAGAAGAAGCAGCAGAAAUUAACUCAGGAAGUGCAGUUCCAGAAAGGAGAAGCUGCUACUGAGGAAGGCACAGAAGGGAAAUUGUCCUGGGAGUACAAGUUUGCCCCAACUCCUCCUCCGGAGCAGUGCCUUCCUGACGAUGAGGACAUAGGUUCCCCUGCCAACAACAGCUGA